AUGGACAGCCAGGAGGUAAAAAUAUCUAUGGAAGAUUCCCCCAGUUCUGGGGGAAGUUUCGCCAGCACAACAAGUGGACCAUGUUGCGGUCUAGGAAAUAACUUGGAUGCGGAUAUCCAGGUGGAAGACAAGGAACCAGAAGAUGAACCGUUUCCACCCGGCGAAUUGAAGAAAUCGAAGGGAACAAAAAAGAAAUGUUCCAGCGAUCUGUCAGGGGGAAAUAGCUAUGCUACAAACAAAAAUGUAGCCGAAGGUCUCAUGGAUAUUGCUUUGCUUUCGGCAAACGCCAACCAGCUACGGUUUUUGAUCACCUACAAUGACAAGGCCUCCACCUACAUAUACAGCAUGAUUUUGGUGAUACUCUCCCUGGUACUGCAGCUUUUAGUUGGAAUAAUGCUGAUCUUUAAGCGACGCUUGAAGCGUUUUAAAAAUCGCAGCUACGAAAGAACCAAUGAUCUUCUGGUAAUGGGAGUUUUCAUGAUCACAGUGAUCAACAUAAUGCUGGCGGCCUUCACCACCACAGACGGAAGCAGCCAUUGACUUGUUGCAU